AUGCAGCGCCCGUCCUUAACCACCCUUCUUUUUUGGCUUGGGCUUGCCGUCCUCGUGCAAUGCCAGACAUAUGACAAGGGAGCCUUCGCAGUCCGUCUUCCCGAGGAGAGCUUCCGAUACCGCAUACUGACCUCCAUGCCUAGGCUCAAAAUACUCACAUCGCUGAGCAUCAAGUUUUCCGUCAAAAGUGGCGGCCACACUCCGUUCCCGGGGGGUUCCAACAUCCAAGGCGGCGUCACCAUCAGCCUCGCGGCCCUCAACGACGUCACCGUCAGCGCGAACCGCAAGACUGUAUCCAUCGGGCCGGGAAAUCGCUGGAUCGACGUGACGAAGAAGCUAGACCCUCUCGGCCUCGCCGUCGUAGGCGGCCGCGUCGCAGAGGUCGGCGUCUCCGGCCUGCUCCUCGGCGGCGGCAUCUCGUUUCUCUCCGAGCAGCACGGCUGGGCGUGCGACAACGUGCAGAACUACGAAGUCGUUCUCGCGACGGGCGAGAUCGUCAACGCGACGCCGACGCAGAAUGAAGACCUGUUCUGGGCACUCCGCGGCGGCGGCGGAUCGAGCUUCGGCAUCGUGACGCGGGACGCGCACGUGUUGUCGUGCUGGCCAACGGCGCCGCAGUUUGGCGGGAACAUUGUCCUGACGUCGCUCUACCACCUCACGCAUGCCGCGACGCAGGCAGCGGCCGACGGGGCGGUGCCGGAUAUCUUUGAGGGGUUCGUGCGGUUGCCUCGCCAGAUUUCGAACACGACAACCAUUGCGCCGGUCUCGACACACCUGGAGGCCAUUUCGGAUCGAUACGGCUUCCGAAAGACGUGGUGGGACACGACGGUUUCGAUCGGCGACGCGGGGGAUUACUUGCUUCUCCUGGAGACGCUGCCCAAGUGGGAUGCCCAUGUUGAAACGUUGCUGGCGGCGGCCGAGGAGGCUGGCGACACGAUCAUUCCGCAGAUCGCUUUCCAGCCCAUCUCGACCAACGUGCUCAAAGAGAUGCAGAAGAAUGGAGGCAACGCACUGGGGCUAGACGUGGGCGACGGGCCGCUCGUAUUGAUCCAUAUCAUGGCGACCUGGUCGAAUGAGAAGUUGGACUGCCUCAUUGAGAAAAGGUCAAAGGAGUUUAUCGAGGAUAUCGAAGCGAGAGCUGAAGCGCGAGGGCAGAGUAAUGGAUACAAGUACAUCAACUAUGCUGGCAGAACACAGGAUGUGUUCGGCAGCUACGGCGAGGAGAAUCACAAGAGGCUGCGAGAGGUAUCGCAAAAGUACGACCCUGAAGACUUGCUACAGAACCUCUGGAGGGGCUAUUUCAAAGUCAGGUAG